AUGUUGUCAAAGAUGAAGAUUGAUACGACGAUGCACGACUUGGUGGGGGAAAUCGUGACCGAGGAAGGCAACGAGAAGUUAGAGACGCUAAAGGCACUGGACCGGGCGCAGCAAAAACCAUCGCAGGACGCAAGUCCGGCUACGCCGACCACGGGGCCCCUCAAGUCGAGUUUAUUUGAAGCUGAGGAGACAGAUAAACAACGCGCUCGCGAAGCAGCCAUUGUGAAGCUCAAACAGGCCGAGCUCACGCGCGAAGUCAACGUCACCUACCUCAACGCUGCCCUCGAACUCAUGACCAGCAACAAGACACCACUCGUCAGCAUGCCGCCGCGCGCACAAAAAAUGUUCGCCUCCGGCUGCGCACUCUACUACGAGAACUUCGUCGACCGCGUCCUCGUCAACUAUAUCCAACAGCGACAACUCAAGCGCCCCUAA